AUUAUUAUUAUUUUUAUAUAUUUUCCUUGAUAUUUAAAACAACGAUACACUACUUUUUCAUAUCAUAUAUUACAUAGAAAUUGUUUAAUAGAAUACAUUUUAAAAAUUAAGUGUAUGUACUUCACUAUGGGUUUUUUCAAAAACUUUUUAUAUGGAUUAGUAUUUGUAACUUUCCUGAACACAUUAGGAUGCCACUCAAAGCACCACGCUAAUACCAGUGAAAUAUCAACUAUUGUUGAGAUACCAAAGGAAAUUCUUAGUUUAUUUCCCAGAGUCUUGUUUAAUACAGAGUUUGAUAUUGCCGCUAUAAUAGCUAGAAUCCUAACGUUUAUUAGGGAUUUUAUAGAGAAUUUGUUUAAUUUUAUAGUUAAAGUAGUAACUACAAUACAGAAGUACCAACUGUCCAUCGUAAAAUCCAUCGUUCACAUUUUUGUACCGCAUCAAGUCUAUGACAUACUUGUGAAGAAUUUUCAGAUUUUUCCAAAGUUUUUUUCGGCGGUAUUUAAUUUCGUGGAAAAACAGGUCGAGGAACAAUUGAAGAAACAUUCCAAAGAACUGGGACCAGUGGUUAAAGGCAUCUCGGAUAGGAUUUUAGCUUUUAUUCAUUUUAUCGAAUGCUUUAUAAAACCUACUUCCGCAUGUUGCUUGGACCCUGGCCUUCCAAAUGUGUCUCCGUUGGAAAACAUACGAUACGAAGUAACGACCCUGUUUAACAAAUGGAAAGCUACAUUUUUGGCCUUGUAUGGAGAUACAGGAAAGCAUGGUGGUUCCAAGAAAGGCAGAUCGCCAGUAUUCUCAGGAAACAUAAGCAUCAAUCAGAAAAAUACUUUUGGUAAAAUAAAUCCAUACGAGAUACAUCGAUUUGGUAGAUCUGCACAAUUUAGGUAAAGUCCCAUAAUGUUCCGAACAUCUGUAGAGAAAAUACAUCAUAUACUUGGUGCCUAGCCCAUAAGAAGUUUAUUAAUAUGAUGUUCAUUACCUCUACAAUCAGACCAAUGUCUAAAUAAAACACAUAACUAAAUA